CUAAACAUAUUGUUAAAAUCUCUUUCUUACUCUAUUAAUGAAUUUAUGGUUGGAUUGGAUAGAGCCAUGCCCACUUCAUCCUCCAAAUAGUUCCGCCCUUCUCCCCUUGGCACCGGAACAAUCUGCGUCACUGAGCUCGAAGCGGAUCAACUGUUUCCAACUCGUCCGAGACGAGGAGGUAAACCGGCUAUUCGCCGCCGUGUUAGCUCGUUCCGGAUCAGAGAUGAAUAUAAGCGACCUCCUCUUCUCUUUAGCCAGUGACAUUCUGUGUCGCGUUGCAUUCGGGAGGCGGUUUACAGAGGGGUCCCGCUCAGGGCGGAAGAAGCAUCAUCUGGUGAAUUUGGAAGACCUCAGAGCUAUUUGCAAUGAGAUCAUAGACGAGCAUUUGCAGAAAUGGGAGGGCAGAUCACCGGAAAAGGAAGAUUUUGUCGAUGUUUUGCUGAGGGUGAAGGAACGAGAAGACCUGGAAGUGCCGUUCGCCGAUAACAAUCUUAAGGCUCUUCUACUGGACAUGUUUGUGACCGGAACUGAUACAACGUCGGCGACACUAGAGUGGACGAUGACUAGGUUAGCCAGACAUCCGGAAGCAAUGAAGAAAGCACAAGAAGAGGUUCGGAACGUUGCUUCCGGUGACGGAAAAGUUGAGGAAAGAAAUCUUCAACACUUUCAUUACAUCAAAGCUGCGAUUAAAGAGGCAAUGAGACUGCAUCCAUCGGUCUCCUUGCUGGUUCCAGAGGAAUCUACGGAAGAAUGCAUGCUUGAUGGAUGCAGAAACCCCGGCCAAGAUCCGGGUCCUAAUCAACACCUAUGCUAUUGGGAGAAAUCUGGAUUCAUGGGAUGUUUAUCAACGACAAUGUGGAAGUUAAGGAUGACUUCAGAUUUCCCGGGAUGGAGGCGAGGCUGUCCGGGAUGUACUUUUGGUCUGGACGUUGCCUCAGGGAGUUCAUAACAAUGAAUUAGAUCCAAGUGAGAUUUACGGUUUAGCUACAAGAAGAACAGCUCUUGUACUGGUUCCAACAAACAACGAAGAAUGUGGAUCUAAUCCAGAUGAGGAUUACGAUGGAGCUCCUGGUAAUCAAAAGGGUACACAAAA